UAUAGUAGGCUAUCAGCCUUCAACCAUUUAACGGAAAAAUACGACUGUCAAGAAAAAUUGAGAAUACUUUAAUUGUUUCAUAGACUUAAACUUGAACGGAUCGGAAAUUAAAUCAUUGAUUAAAAUUAAAUAUAAAAAUUGUGAUUUUUAUUGACAUUAAUAUUUAACAAAAAAAAGUCACAUUAAUAUCACUUUUAAUGAUAAUAUCAACGAUAAAAUAAAAUGAAUUGGCUUUAUUGGAUUUUACUAAUUUUUACUAUAUUAAUAAUUGGAGGUGAUGCAUACAAAAUUUUGGUCGUUCAUCCCUAUAAUUCACCGAGUCAUAAUAUUUUUUUGGAAGGUGUUUCUAAAGGAUUAGCUAAUAGGGGUCAUCAAAUCGAUCUUAUUUCACACUUUAAGCUGAAAAAUCCCCCAAAAAAUUACAAGAUAAUCGUCAAUUUAAAUGGUACGAGGCCAAAUGUAAAGAAUAAUUUUACAAUUGAUUUUGCCUCUCAAAUAGGAACAAAUACUGUUCCAUUUAUUGCGGGAGUAUUUGGAAAUGAAAUUUGUGAACUUAUGGGUCACAAAGAGAUGCAGAAGCUGAUAAAAAAUCCCCCAAUGGAUCAUCCCUAUGAUUUAAUUAUUACUGAGGCAUUCGGAUCAAGCUGUUACAUAGGUCUUGGAUAUGUUUUUAAAGUGCCUGUAAUAACAGUUUCAUCAUGUUUAGAAUAUUCGUGGAUUUCUCCAGGAGUCGGUAAUCCGGAUUCAACGGCUUUUGCUCCCGACGUUUUGAUGGAUUCUGCUGAAAUAUCGACAUUUUGGGAACGAUUGAAAAACACAUUAGUGACGCAAUUUAGUAGAAAUCAAUUCUACAGGUACACAUACAAAGUACAAACAAAUGCGAUGAGAAAAUAUUUGAGUUCGGAAAUUCCAGAUAUUAGGGAAAUCGAGAGGACUGUAGCAUUAACUUUUGUCAAUUCUUUCUUUACUCUGUUUGGCAUUAGAAUCAGAACACCGGCUCUUAUUGACAUUGCUGGAGUUCACAUUGAAGAGAAUGACGAAAAAUUAUCUCCCGAUCUUCAAAAAUGGAUGGAUGAGAGUAAAGAUGGUGUGGUAUAUUUUACAAUGGGAUCGAUGAUUUUGAUCGAAACACUACCGAAAGAGACAAUUUUAGAAUUUUAUGCGUCUUUUGAAAAAUUAUCACCAAUUAAGGUUCUUAUGAAAAUUGCAAAUCCAGCAAAAUUACCACCGGGUCUUCCAAUAAAUGUCCUGACCAUGAAAUGGAUUCCACAAAUUCCUGUUUUACAACAUAAGAAUACAAAAUUAUUUAUGACACAUGGAGGUCUGAUAGGGACUCAAGAAGCUCUUUAUUAUGGGGUACCAAUGAUCGGAAUGCCGAUAUAUGCAGAUCAAUUUUUCAACAUUCGUAUUUUCGUUAAAAAAAAUAUGGCUGUUCGUUUAGAUUAUAAAACAAUUACAAGUCAUUCUUUAGAUAAUGCACUGAAUCUUGUUCUUUAUAAUCCAAUCUACAGGAAAUCAGCUAAAUAUGAAUCUCAAUUAUUUCGAGAUAGGCCAAUGAGUGCAGGUGAUACGGUGGAUUUUUGGGUUCGAUACAUUAUUAGAAAUGGAGGAAAUGCUUUAAAAUCGCCAGCAGUUGAUUUAUAUUGGUGGCAAGUUCAACUUCUCGAUGUUUACGGUUUCAUUUUACUCUGUUUUAUAAUGACAAUUUAUCUUAUUAUCUUAUUUAUUAAAUUCAUGUCACGAUUGUUGUGCAAAAAUUCGAAAAAAUCGCGUGUUCAUAAGAAAAAUGAAAUUUUGGCAAUUUUCCCCUAUAAUUCGCGAAGUCAUAAUAAUGUUUUCGAGGGUAUGACACGAGGUUUAGCUAAACGUGGUCAUCAAGUUGAUGUUGUUUCACAUUUUGAAAUGAUAAAUCCACCAAAACAUUAUCGGACAAUAAUUAGUUUGUCAGGUACGCGAAAUGAUGUUGUUAAUAAUUUUACAAUUGAAUUUGUCAAUGAACUAGGAAAUUUUGUUCCUAUAAUUUCACGAAUAUUUGGAAAUGAAAUAUGUGAAUUGCUUAAUCUCAAGGAGAUACAGAAAUUAAUUAAAACACCUCCAAACGAUCCACCUUAUGAUGUUCUCAUUACUCAGUCAUUUACAGCAAACUGUUUCUUAGGAAUAGGUUUUAUUUUAAAAAUUCCAGUGAUAACUGUGUCAGCAUCCUUGGAAUUUCCCUGGACCAGUUCUGCUAUUGGAAAUCCUGAUUCUAUUGCAUUUGCUCCAAAUGUAUUGAUGAAUUCAGCGGAAAUUUCAACAUUUUGGAAACGAAUGAAAAAUUUGAUAAUAAAUUAUCGAAGUGUGUUACAAUUUCGUACAAUCACCGAAGAAAUACAAACGGAAAUGAUGAGAAAAUAUUUGAAAUUCGAUAUGCCCGAUAUUCGUGAAACAAUGAAAAGCACUGCUCUUACAUUUGUUAAUUCAUUUCACAGUUUAUCGGGAAUUAGAAUUAGAAGUCCAGCUCUAAUUGACAUUGCCGGAAUACAUUUAGAGGAUGCUCCUUUAACAGUGUCAAAGGAACUAGGGGAUUGGUUGGAUGAGAGUAAAAAAGGUGUCGUUUACUUUUCAUUGGGUUCUUUAGUGGUAAUUGAGACACUUCCCAAAGAAACGCUUCUUGCGAUUUUCUCGUCUUUCAAAAAAAUUGCCCCUGUUAGAGUUGUGAUGAAAAUCGUCAAUAAAGAAAAACUUCCUUUCAGUCUACCCAGUAAUGUUUUAGUUUCAAAAUGGAUUCCUCAACUUCAAGUUUUAAAACACAAAAAUACAAAAUUAUUUAUCACACAUGGAGGUUUAAUGUCAACAUUAGAAGCAUUGUACUAUUGUGUUCCAUUAAUAGGAAUUCCAUUGUUUUAUGAUCAAUUUUUUAAUGUUGGUAUAUUGGUGAAAAAAAAUAUGGCAAUCGAAUUAGAUAUCAAUAAAUUAACUGAACAUUCUCUAGAUAAAGCUUUAACAGAAAUUCUAAACAAUCCGAUAUACAGGGAAUCGGCAAAAUACGAAUCUCGUCUAUUUCACGAUAGGCCAAUGAAUUCAACAGAAGCUGUGAAUUUCUGGGUGGAAUACGUGAUUAGAAAUGGACCAGAUUCUUUAAAAUCACCAGCAGUUAAUCUCUAUUGGUGGCAACAUAAUCUUCUCGACCAUAUUCGAUUUAUAAAUGUGAUACUUGUUUUAUUUUCAUUGAAACAAAAAAAAAUGAAUUUUCUUUCUUUAAUUAUUUUCUGUUUCUUUUUUAUAAACGAAAUUCAUGGCUACAGAAUUUUGGCAAUAUUUCCAUUUAAUUCACGUAGUCACAAUAAUGUUUUUGAAGGUGUAACGCGUGGUUUAGCUAAACGUGGACAUCAAGUUGAUGUUGUAACACAUUUUGAAAUGAAAAAUUCACCACCAAAUUAUCGGACAAUUAUAAAUUUAUCCGGUACCAGAAGGAAUGUAGUGAAUAAUUUUACAAUUGACUUUGCAUCACAACUUGGCGAUGACCUCGUGCCAUUAAUUUCUGUCUUUUAUGGAAAUGAACUUUGUGAGUUACUCGCUCACGAGAAUAUUCAGAAACUUAUUAAAAAUCCUCCAAGGGAUCCACCUUAUGAUAUUUUAAUCACUGAGGCAUUUACAGCAAAUUGCUUUAUAGGAAUUGGACAUAUUUUAAAAGUACCAGUAAUAACAGUUUCUUCAUUAUUGGAAUUUUCUUGGACAAGCGAUCAUGUUGGAAAUCCAGAUUCAAUAGCAUUUGCGCCAAAUGUUAUGAUGGAUGCGGCAAAAAUUUCAACAUUUUGGGAUAGGUUGGAAAAUACAAUAAUAACAUAUCGUAGUAAAUUUCGUUUUUUUUCAAUUACUGAACAAGUACAAACUGAAUUGAUGAGAAAAUAUUUAAGUUCAGAUAUGCCAAAUAUAAGGGAAGUGGAAAAAAGUACUGCUCUAACAUUCAUUAAUUCUUUUCACACAUUAUUUGGUAUUCGAAUAAGAAGUCCUGCUUUAAUUGAUAUCGCGGGAAUACAUGUGGAAGACAGUGACGUUACAGUAUCCCCGAGUCUUCAGAAAUGGUUAGACGAAAGCCCUCAAGGAGUGGUUUACUUUACACUUGGUUCAAUGGUUUUAAUCGAGACUCUACCAAAAGAAACACUUCUUGAAAUAUAUUCAGCUUUUGAAAAAAUAACACCUGUCAGGGUUCUCAUGAAAAUUGCAAAUAAGGAUAAAUUACCACCGGGACUUCCCAAUAAUGUACUAAUUUCUGAUUGGAUUCCACAACUUCAAGUUAUGCGACAUAAUAAUACAAGAUUAUUCAUAACACAUGGAGGAUUAAUUUCAACUCUCGAGGCAUUAUAUAAUGGCGUUCCUUUAAUUGGAUUACCGUUAUAUGCUGAUCAAUUUUCCAAUAUUCGCAUUUUUGUUAACAAAAAUAUGGCAAUUAGAUUGGACUAUAAAAAAUUGACAAAGAAGUCAUUGGAUCAUGCUCUCAAUGAGGUUUUAAAUAAUCCAAAGUAUCGAGAGGCUGCAAAAUAUGAAUCAAAAUUAUUUCGCGAUAGACCAAUGACAGCGACAGAAACUGUUAAUUAUUGGGUUGAAUAUAUAGUCAGGAAUGGACCGAAUUCUUUAAGAUCACCAGCAGUCAAUCUCUAUUGGUGGCAAUUGGCCUUACUUGAUGUUUAUGGAUUUUUAUUACUGUGUAGUAUCAUCACAAUUUAUUUGUUUUUGUUUAUUAUUAUACGCACUAUUCGGACUAUUUUGAAAAGAAUAAUGCCCACCACAAAAUCUCACAAUAAGAAGAAAAAAAACAAUAUAUCUUUAAAUUGUAUAUAUAGAAAAAUGAAAUUCUAUUCUUUUUUUAUUAUUUUGAGUUUCUUUAUUAUAAUUGAAAGUGAUGGAUAUCGAAUUUUGGCAAUAUUUCCAUUUAAUUCAAGAAGUCACAAUAAUAUGUUUGAAGGAGUGACUAAAGCAUUAGCUCGCAAUGGACAUCAAGUGGAUGUUGUCACUCAUUAUGAAAUAAAAAAUCCACCGAAAAAUUACAAAACAAUUAUCAAUUUAGAUGGAACAAGAACAAAAUUGGUGAAUAAUUAUUCAAUUGAAUUCGCCCAUGAUUUAAAAGUGUCUAUAAUAAAAUUAAUUUCCGAAUUAUAUGGAAAUGAACUUUGUGAUUUAAUGGGCCUAAAAGAAAUGCAAAAUCUAAUCAAAAAUCCUCCAAAGGAUCCUUCUUAUGAUAUUUUAAUCACUGAGUCAUUUACUGCACAAUGCUUUAUAGGAAUUGGAUACCAUUUUAAAAUACCGAUUAUUACAGUAUUAACAACAAUGGAAAAUGUAUGGAUUAAUUCUGCAAUUGGAAAUCCAAAUUCGGCGGCAUUUGUGCCAAAUGUAUUUAGUGAAAUGAUAGAAAUUUCAACAUUUUGGGAUCGAUUAAAAAAUGUUAUACAAAUUUAUCAAAGUAAAUAUGAAUUUAACAAAUGUACUGAAAAAGCACAAACAGAGGCAAUGAGAAAAUAUUUGAGUCCUGAUAUGCCAAAUGUAAGAGAAAUUGAAAGAAAAGUAUCAUUGACAUUCAUCAAUGCAUUUUACAGUUUCAAUGGCGUUAAAAGCAAAACUCCUGGUGCAAUUGAUAUUGCUGGAAUUCAUGUUGAAGAAAUUGAUAAUAAAUUACCAUCGGAUUUACAAAAAUGGAUGGAUGAUAGUAAACAUGGCGUUGUUUAUUUCACAUUGGGCUCAAUGGUUGUGAUUGAAACUCUUCCAAAAGAAACUCUUUUGAUAUUUUAUUCAGCAUUUGCAAAAAUAGCGCCUACGAGAAUUUUAAUGAAAAUUGUAAAUAAGGAAAAACUUCCACCGGGACUUCCUAAUAAUGUUCGUAUUUCUAAUUGGAUUCCUCAAAUUCCAGUUCUGCGACACAAUAAUACUCGUUUAUUUAUGACACAUGGAGGUCUUUUAUCAACAUUAGAGGCACUUUACCACGGCAUACCUAUGAUUGGAUUUCCUCUGUUUGGAGAUCAAUUUCUAAAUAUUCAACUUUUCGCGAAAAAAAAGAUGGCAAUUUUAUUGGAUUAUAAAACAAUAACGGAAGAAUUAUUAAAUGAUGCUUUGAAUUCUGUUUUACAUAAUUCUACUUUUAGAGAAUCAGCAAAAUAUCAAUCACAAUUAUUUCGUGAUAGACCACUAACAGCUGGUCAAACUGUUAAUUUUUGGGUUGAAUACAUAAUUAGAAAUGGACCAAAUUCUUUAAGAUCACCAGCAGUCGAUUUAUAUUGGUGGCAAUUUGAACUUCUUGAUGUUUAUGGAUUUUUAUUGUUAUCUUUUGUAAUAAUUUUAUUUAUUCUAAUGAAAAUAGUUAAAUUUAUCUUUUAUAAAAUUUUGAAAAUUUUUACCGAUGAUGAUUGUUGAUUAUCAAAAUUUAUUAUAUUUUAAUUUAUUUGUAUUUUAAUUUUUUUUUUGUAAUUAUCGAAAUAAAAAAUUAUUUUUAUUAAUAAA